AUGCCAGUUGUCAAUGUGGAUGAAAAUUCGAUUAUUGGUUAUCACUUUCAUAUUUAUUAUUAUCCCAAUGAUCCUUUGGAUGAAAUAGCCAUUGAUAAUUUAUUUAGACAUGCAAAAGAUCAAUGGGGAUCUGAGUUGCGUAUUGUUAUGUGGAAGCAAAUUAUCGGACCUCACACACUUCCCUUUUUUGAAAUAGACAUUGUUGGGAAGGAUCUCAUUCAAAAACAUUUCACACAAGUGUUAAAUUGGGUCAUGAUUCAUUGUGGAGGUUAUGGAAAUGGUUCUGGAGAAAAAGGAAGACCUGUUCUAUUGCAUCCAGUUUUGAGAAUGAUUCCAAUCAAGUGCAAGCUCAUUCCAUUUACAGUAUGUGGUUGGGAGGAAGAACUACUCCUGUGA